CGAUAGCUGGAGGCAUGCCAGACAUGGAAAGGGGUGGGUCCCACAGUUUGAGGAGAUUUCUUGGAGGAAUUUAGUGGGGAUCUAGGGGGCAGAGAGAGAUUUACGAAUUGAUAGGUGGUCGCGUUUUGUUUGGCCGCACGUCUUUGCGCCAGAGGACUCUGGAGCAUUGAGUUUCCUUCUCUUAAAGGAUUAGUCCUCGCGAUGGCCACCAAGAGACUAAGGAGGGGUCGCUAUCCUGGCGACACACAGCUGGUGGCUUCAGCGAGGAGCGCGUCCUGCGAGCACAGCACAAUUCUGGCGCACUGACCUCGCAGAGAUUUGUGGAGCACCAUACCGUUUACAUAUUCGAUUUUCAUCCUGAAACGCAUUUGACUUCACUUUCUGAAGACCGAGUCGUUUAUUCACCCAGCCUUGCGAUGACCACCGAAAGCGCACAGCAGCAGCUGGACCCGCCGCCUCCCCUCAGGUCCAGCCCGGCAUCCAACAGCAUGCACUCGGCUCUCCAAAACACGCAGACAGUGCUGGAAAGCACUGCAGCGACCGGCAAUAAAGGCAAAAAGUCAAAUUCAGGCAUGAGACGCCCAGAGAAGCCGCCUUAUUCCUACAUCGCCCUGAUAGUCAUGGCGAUCCAGAGCUCCCCGACAAAAAGAUUAACGCUGAGUGAAAUCUACCAGUUCCUCCAGGCUCGCUUCCCUUUCUUUAGGGGUUCCUACCAAGGCUGGAAGAACUCAGUCAGACACAAUCUGUCUCUCAACGAGUGUUUCAUCAAGCUGCCCAAAGGCCUCGGGAGGCCGGGUAAAGGUCACUACUGGACCAUAGACCCCGGGAGCGAGUUCAUGUUCGAGGAGGGCUCUUUUCGACGCAGGCCUCGCGGUUUCCGAAGGAAAUGCCAGGCUCUCAAACCAAUGUACCGCAUGAUGAACGGAAUUGGCUUCGGUGCUUCAAUGCUGCCGCAAAACUUCGACUUCCAGUCGCCCUCCGCGUCGCUGGCCUGCCACGCCAACAGCUACAACCUGGACAUGAUGAGCAACGCGGUGCCGGGCGUCCACACGGGAUACGACGGCCUCGGUGCUGGUCACCACGUCUCACACAUGUCUCCCAGUUCAGGCUCUACGUACAUGACGGCGUGCCAAGUGGCCUCCAACGGAGAGUACGGGCCGGACAGCAGCAACAGCCCGCUGCACUCCCCGCCGACCAUGAGCGGCUCUCUGGAGUGCCAUUCGCCAUACGGGGCCGCUUCGGCUCAUUGGGCUUCAUCAGGUGUGUCUCCUUAUAUUAAACAGCAGCCACUGUCCUCCAGCAGCCCGACCUCCUCUGGAUUACACUCCAGUAUGCCUCCGUAUUCUCUGGAGCAAAGCUAUCUGCAUCACAACGGCAGAGACUCGGCUGACAUCUCAGGAAUGUCUCGAUAUCAGUCCCACUCAUCGCCAGUCUGUGACAGAAAAGACUUUGUGCUGAACUUCAACGGCAUUACGUCGUUUCAUCCGUCCACCAGUGGAUCCUACUAUCAUCAUCAGCUACACCAUCACCAGGGAGUCUGUCAAGAUGUAAAGCCAUGCGUUAUGUAAUUUAAAGUAUGACAAGCAGCGGGAAAUACAUAAGGACUGAGCCCGCAAAUGACGAGAACCGGAAAGAAGAAGAAGAAGAAGGUAAACGGAAGACGAAGUGAUGCCGUCCAUCUCUCCGUAUGUACGGAGAAACUCAAUGAAGGAAGAAACGAACUGAUCCGAAGCCAAUAUAGCCCAGAUGGAGAGACAGAGAGAGGGCGCGUUCUGUUUGUUGGAAAGUCGGACAUAUAUUUACUAUCUUGGACAAACCUCCAAACGUCUACAAAUGAGUACACGUGUUGAUUAACAACGUUUUUAUCAAGAGCCAAUCUUGACCACAUUUUCAGUGUGCACGAGGGGAUAGUGCUUAUUAAGUGAGCACAGUAAACCCGUGGUAAAAUUAAUCCUUGUUAUUUUUUAAUGCACUCAACAACACCGCGAAAUACUGAAGUUAGAGUUCAGUGGUGUGUGGGAUUUGAUGCAUGUCACAAACCCGCUUGAAUACAAGAUAUUUUGUUUGUCUAAACCUUAUUUGUGUGUGUUUGUUUUCGACAGCUCUUUAAUGAUUCCACCUCUUAUAUUGUCAGGGGUGAGUGUGUAGGUCUGUGGGUAAUUCAUGCGUAAGAGGCCUGCGAAAACCAUAAUAGAAUAAUAAUGAUUGCACUUUUGUUAGCUGAACAAGUUGACAAAUUACAGUUAUGUACAGUACAAUAAAGCGAUGUAUUCUCAAGAC